CGACAUUGUUGCUCGUCCCAGAAAUCAGUGCGCACACACCUUCUCCCGGUGAACGCCUCGCCCCGCCGCUGUCCGCCGGCUGAUUGGCUGCGGAGGAGCCUCACUGCAAACUGCCCUCAGAGGGACAGGCUUAAAGCGGGAGGAGAGAGCUCAGCACAGCGAGAGGCUUCCCAGAGCACAACAGCAUGUCUCUGUACCGAAACUCCGCCUGGUUCGUGAAGGGACUGACCGAAUUCACCAGGUCAGCCUUCCUGACAGCAUCCAAGAGGUUUGUGGAGAAGGACCUGGAGGUGUCCAUGGCUGGACGUGCGUUCAUGAUCACAGGAGCCAACAGUGGCAUUGGGAAAGCCACUGCCAUGGCGAUCGCAAAGAAAGGGGGAACGAUCCACAUGGUGUGCAGGAACAAGGACAAGGCGGAGGAGGCAAGGGCUGAUAUCGUCAAGGAGACAGGAAACAAAGAGGUUUACGUCCACAUCCUGGACCUCUCUGAGACCAAGAAGGUCUGGGAGUUCGCCGAGGGCUUCAAGAGGAAGUUCAAGGCCCUCAAUGUUCUGAUCAAUAACGCCGGCGCCAUCAUGAGUCAGAGGGAUGUGAACACUGAGGGGCUCGAAAAGAGCUUCGCCACCAAUGUCCUAGGUGUUUACAUCCUCACUAAGAGUCUCAUCCCGCUGCUGGAGAAGAGCGCAGAUCCCCGAGUGAUCACGGUGUCAUCAGGGGGGAUGCUGGUGCAGAAGCUGCGGACAGGAAAUCUGCAGUCUGAGAGAGGCCGCUUCGACGGCACCAUGGUCUACGCCCAGCACAAAAGGCAGCAGGUGGUGAUGGCAGAGCAGCUGGCCAAGACUCACACUAACAUCCACUUCUCCGUCAUGCAUCCCGGCUGGGUGGACACUCCAGCGGUGGCCAACGCCAUGCCAGACUUCCAUCGCUCUAUGAAGGACAGUCUGCGUACCCCGGAUCAGGGCGCUGACACGGUGGUCUGGCUUGCUGUCUCGGAGGCUGCAACCAAAAACCCCAGUGGACACUUCUACCAGGACAGAAAGAUAGCGUCUGCCCACCUGCCACUGGCCUGGACCCGCAACUCCCCGCUGGAGGAGCAGAAGUUAAUGUCUCUCCUGGAGGACCUCGCCAAGACGUUCCAGCCACACUGAGGCCGCAAGACGUUUCUUCUUCUCUGUUUUUUUAACAGUUCACCAACAACACUAACAGCAACAACAAAGUACUCACCGAGGCUGGGCUUGAUGUCUCAUCCCGAUGUCGAUGACGAAAGCGAUCCGGGUCCGUUUAUCCAAAGCGUUUUAAAAAAACGGGACAAACGUCAGGACACACUGCGUUUCAAGCCUCACAUGACCUGAUCAAACUUUACCUGUAAUGUUUAAAACUAUUUAUACUAAAACAGAUUCUCUGUGAGCUUAGCCUGACUGAACACUAAACAACAACAUGUUAUCAAGUGUUUGAUGGCGAUGCUGCCUUUAAACGUUAGCGUGCUAACAGAGAGAGCACCUUUAAAAACACGCGGCGUGUUACUGUGACUUUAAGGAAGUUGUCAAUCAGAUGGGAAUCUGAUGUGACCGAAGUCACCGACGCACAUCGCAGUAUUAAUUAUUCACGUCGCCAUUUGUGGGUUCAGUCUCGAUGGCUUACAGAUGUGAGUUAAAAAAAAAAAAAAAGCGACAGAGGAGAACUUUGAUUUGUCGAGCACUUUUUUUGGAAGGAAGGUCAGAUUGGUUUUAAUUUAAUGCACAUUCUCGCUUUCUACAUUGCUGCUUUUAUGACCUUGUUACAUAAAUACUAAUCACAUCAGGGGGACCGCUACAUCCUGGAGGACGGAGUGGAGGGAGAAUCCGUUGAGCACAGAUUAAGAUCUAGAAAUCUUUUUUGAACACAUCAGGGAUGGGCCACGUUAAUACCAAGGUUGAAAUACGCACAGUAGAUUUUUGUCUCCGCCUUGAGAGAGUCGAGGGCUGUAAGUGGUCCCCCGGCCGCAACUUUCCCCCCUUCUGCGAUGUAGAGUUAAAUCCACGUUGUCUGCAUGUGACUGUUCUCUGUCCGUUAGCGUAGCUUUCAUACGUUAGCAUUCUGCUUCUGGUGUCUGUGAGGAACCCGGCGGCUUGAUUCAUCGUCCACUUUGUUUGCAUGUUCCUCAUCGUCCGUGUUCAGUCAGACUCCAUCACCUACACCCUUCAAAUCAGUCGGUUAAUGAAUCAAUUUGAUAACCAUGAAGGCUCAUCAGACAUCAGGUGGGUCUGUGUAGAAUAACUGAUCGUAACCUUUGGUUGAAAUAACUGUCAGUCCUAACGCCGUCACAUUGGAGGUUCAAACGCUCAUCAGCUGUCCUCUGUGUUUUCAGUAUCGUGUCUCACAAACGUUCUGAUGACAGCAUGCCUUGUUCUUCUUGUUCGCCUGCUAAAUAUAACGUGACCACGAUAUUCCUGAGCGAGUGACGAGUGAAACGUGGGACACGUCACAGUCAUGGCGACGCUCUCCUCCUGCUGCAGAUUGAAGUGCUCUCUGUGUUAGCCGUUAGCUUCAUUAGCUUCAGCAGCGUAACUACUUCUUCAUGACUCAGUAAAAUCGGUUUGAAAAGCUCCUCUCUGACUUUGACUCGUCUUUCUUGUAAAAUGUCAGUUUGAAUAAAGAUAAAAUCACUU